CAACAUCCAUGAGAUGGACUACUCUGCAGGUCCCGGAAGUACUCCGUGGGUAUUGGUGAGCCUUCAGUCGGCGACAUGGCACAACCACGUUUGUUUUGUUUGGUGCUCAUCACUCUGGCACUGGGCGCCCAAGGCCUAACCCCGUCCCACCACUUGUCUGCUGCGGAUGUUGCCAGACUGAAAGACUUUUUGAACCAGCCCUUCACGGAUCUCGAAUCAGCUUAUUACUCCAUCGUUGGACUGAGCAAAUUGGGUGCCACGUUGUCUGAUGAAUACGCAGCAUGCCAGUUUCUGAAGUCCCAGCUAGAUCCCACCAGUAUCGACUCGCUCUUCUUUGCUUCUGAGGCCAGCCAGGCCAUUUCAGGAUGUGAGAUUCCUGUGUCCAACGAGACGCGCGACAUCCUGCUGGCAGCCGUGAGCGAGGACUCCACGGUCUCACAGAUCCACCGCUCUGUGAGCGCGCUCAAUUCGCUUGGACUUCCCUUGGCCUCGCAGGAAGUGGUCAGUGCCCUCGUUGCACGCAUCACCAAAGAGGACAAUGUCUUGGCCAUCACUCUGGCCCUGCAGACUGCCUCCCGCCUCUCCCAGCAGGCUGAGCUGGGUGGAAUCCUGGAGGAAAUCGAGGACUUGGCUGUGCGGCUGGACGAACUUGGUGGAGUCUACCUGCAGUUUGAGGAGGGGCUGGAGGUGACUGCCCUGUUUGUCUCUGCAGCCUAUGCCCUGUCCGACCAUGUGGACACGAAGCCCCCUCUCAAAGAGGACCAGGUGAUUCAGCUGGUGAACUCCAUCUUCAGUAAGAAGUCGUGGGACUCUCUGUCCGAGGCCUUCAGCGUAGCCAGUGCAGCCGGCGCCCUCACCAAUAACCGCUUCCACAUACCGGUCAUCGUCAGCGCUCAAGGCCCAGCCACGGUGUCCCACAGCCAGCCGGUGCUGCAGCUCCAGGUGACGGACGUCCUGUCCCAGCCUCUCAGCUCUGCCAGUGUCCUGGUGACGAGCGCGGUGUCCGUGGCCUCGGAGAGCGUCAUCCUGAGCCAGGAGCCCUUCACCCUCAGAGAUGGGCUUUUUGAGCUGAACUUUAUGGCCAGCCAGCCAGCCAGUGGCUACUAUCAGUUCUCUGUGGUUGUCGACGGUGACAGCCGCUUGGUGGCCAACAAUGUUGAGCUGAAAGUGAAGGUUUCCACUGAGGUCGCUAUUACCAACAUGGAUCUGUCUGUGGUGGACAAAGACCAGAGCAUUGGGACCAAGACAACCAGGGUAGACCAUCCCUCCAAGGCCAAGAGCGCCUUCACUGCCGACAGCCACCAGAACUUUGCCAUGUCCUUCCAGCUGGUGGAUGUGAAUACUGGAGUGGAGCUCACCCCUCACCAGACCUUUGUGAGGCUGCACAAUCAGAAAACGGGUCAGGAGGUGGUGUUUGUGGCCGAGCCGGACAGCAAGAAGGUGUACAAGUUUGAGCUGGACACAGCGGAGAGGAAGUCUGAGUUUGACUCCAUGUCUGGCACCUACACGCUCUACCUGAUCGUGGGGGAUGCCACCCUGGACAACCCCAUCCUCUGGAACGUGGCGGAUGUCGUGCUGAAGUUCCUCGAGGAAGAGGCUCCUUCCGUGAUCCAGCCCAAAACGCUUUACAUUCCCAAACCAGAGAUCCAGCAUUUGUUCCGGGAGCCAGAGAAGAAGCCUCCCACUGUGGUGUCCAACACCUUCACUGCCCUGGUCCUCUCGCCCCUGCUGCUCCUGCUGAUCCUGUGGAUCAAGCUGGGAGCAAACAUCUCCAACUUCAGCCUCUCUCCGAGCUCGGUCCUCUUCCAUGUGGGCCAUGCGGCCAUGCUGGGCCUGAUGUACGUGUACUGGACUCACCUCGACAUGUUCCAGACCCUCAAGUACCUGGCCAUCAUCGGCAGUCUCACCUUCCUGGCGGGGAACCGCAUGCUGGCCCAGAAAGCAGUAAAGAGGAUUGCUGCAGAGCAGAGUAGUAGGUUGGCAAAGUAUAGGAGCCUGCGGUAGAGGCCUUUUCUAGUAAAGCACAGAGUUGCGAAUAAAUGAUCACAGAAAACACCUGAAAGUCAUCUCAAGAUCCUUUGUCGUUCUUGAUUUUCAUCCUUUUAUUUUGGGGGACGGACGCCCAAGACACAAAAUGCAUUGCUGUUUAGGGUUUGAGAUGGGAGAUUGAUCUCCUGCUGGACACUGUGUGGUGGUGAGGGAGUACGUCAGACUAUUUACAUUGUGACAAAAAAAAUUAAUUGAGUGUUUGCUUUAUGCUAUUUCUUUCAGCACAAAACGAUGAGUAAGAAAAAAAUGAGUUUGUGAUUUGCUUUCGGUAAUGAACCCCCUUUUUUACUUGUCAGUAAUGCUAUUUAAAGGCAAAGAAAUUGACUUUUUGUUGAUGUGAAUGUUUGGUUAUAGAUUGCUGCUCGUGGUGUGGGUCUUCUGCUUCCUGUAACACACACACAGUCUAAUGGUUUUGGUUUUAUCAUUUGUACAUUCCCAUUGUCACUUAUCAAUCUGCAUGCCCCGUGUCUGUCUGCCGGGUCUCCUGAAGUGAGGUAUAAAUUAAUGUAUUUUUGUUCUUUUUGGCAUUCAUUGAUUGCGGGAUACUGUGUAAGGCUGUUGUGUGUCAGCCUCCAUGAAUGUGUGAUCAGUACUCGACCCUCUCAUCCCUCCCCCCCAGUUGUGCUGGGUGAGCAUCCUGUCCCCCUAUCAGCAGCCCAAAAACACUGGGCUGUCAACAAGAUAUGCAGCAAGUGAGAUUUUUUAAAAUAAAGAAAUGAGGAGGAUUCA